GCACCCCCCCACUCACCGUUGGCUGUGACGCUCUGCACAGAGCACAACAACAGCCCGAUGAGUGCGACGCAGCAGAAUCUCAUGAUUACCAGUUCGUAAGCUGCAGUUUCUCCGUACUAGUCGAUAGUUGAAAUUAGUUUACUGUACAGCGGGAGAAAAGUUGUACCUUCCUUUUAUAGUGCCGGCGUUUUUUUCGCGAACAAGCGAUUGGCUCAGCUGGCUGGGCUGGGCAACUGGAAAGCAGCUGUGAGGGAAAAAAUGCAAUUUAAAUUUCAAAUCCAACUUCACCAUCCUUGGCUGUGCAUGUUUGAGGAAAAAAGAGUUCCCCGCAUUUACAGAUGCUUGAAAAGUGCUUCAUUUGCACGCGAGGAAUUGCACUUGUUUGGGGUGUAAAUUGCACAAGUUGCAUAGGAAAAAUGCAUUCAAUUGAACAAGUCAUUGAACGUUAGUUGUAAACGAUUGUGUAUAACCAUUGUGUACCAUAUUGAAGUCGCCGUAACGACCUCGUAUGAACCGGUGGCCCUAUCGUGGCCGCUCUUGACAUUGAAUCGUGGCCAGUUGGUAUGAUUAAUCGUUAUGCUGCCCGUCGCGUUCGACGGCCUUCUUGAAGGUGAUGCGCGUUCAUCCCACCGUUCCAAAAGCGGGCGCCCCAGGGGACGGUGUGUCGACAUAAUACCGACGAUUGAGGCGCAAAUUUGAUAAGCGCAUUAUCGCGCUUAAGCGGAGCAACAACAAAAAAAAAACACGGGAUUGCCGCCGGUUUAUACAACUGUGCCGGGACGAAGUGUCUAUAUCAAUUGUGUCCAGGCAGUAAGACACACACACCGCCCAAAAUUGUUUUAUGCUCGAAGCCAGCCUGUGUCAUCCCAUAAACGUUUCCAUCGCGAUCGCGGGCGGCUCAUCGUUAUUUGCAAUCUGUGAGCGUAAACGAACGUACUAUUGAUAAGAGAGAGAGAGAGGGAGAGGAACAGAUUCCGCAAAAACACGGCUCUAAUCGUGAGUAGCAUCGCGCGUCCCCGCGUGUUCAACAAGCACAGGCACACAUACACCAUACCCGAGCGACACUGGUGCUGCUGCUGCCGUUGGUCAGACCGAGCCCGAAAUUCGUGUGGGAUUAACCAUCGCCUGACUGCACACAGAGUGCCAUCGCACGAUUCACGAAGCGGACGUGAACGAGCAAACACCCGGGGACCAUAAUCCAUCGGCAUAUCAAACUUGCUGUGAACGCGGCGAAACCGCACUGUCGCUUCUUCCACCUCGCUCGCUUUUCGCCCGUGAACAAAAGGAUGGAGUUUGAUUCGGGUUCCGCUGAGCUGAACCAACGAAUAGCCGAAUGGUUGCGCUGGGAUAAGAAUGAAAAGACUUUGGAGGAGGUACGCGAGCUGGCACGGCGCAGUGAGUGGAAGGUGCUCGGGGACCGGUUGCUGCAGCGGCUCACCUUCGGCACGGCCGGGCUGCGCGGCGUGAUGCAGGCCGGGUUUAAUGCGAUGAACGAUCUGGUGGUCAUACAGUCGGCGCAAGGAUUGGCCAAGUACUUGUUGCAGUGCUACCCGUCGGCGGAGGACCGUUUGCGGGGCGUGGUGCUGGGGUACGACGGGCGAUACAACAGCAAAAGAUUCGCUGAGCUAAGUGCUUGCGUCUUUCUGCACGAAAACAUUCCGGUCUGGCUGUACAGCCGCACGGUCGCGACACCGUUCGUGCCGUUCGCCGUGCUCGAGCUCAAGUGUCUGGCCGGCAUCAUGGUGACGGCGUCCCACAACCCGAAGGAAGACAACGGCUACAAGGUGUACUGGACGAACAGUGCGCAGAUCAUACCACCGCACGACAAAAACAUACAAACAUCAAUUAUGGAGAAUUUGGAACCGCUCGAAUCGUCCUGGAACCUGGAGCUGCUGCUGUCCGACAAACUUAACGAUCCGUACGACCAGAUGGUGGAGCUGUACUUCCGCAAGCUGCAGGCGAACGUACCGCAACCCUUCAUCCGGGACUACAACGCAGCCAGCCCGCUGCGCUUCGUCUACUCGGCCAUGCACGGCGUCGGCUACCCGUUCGUGGUGAAAGCGUUCGAGUGUGCCCGGCUGCCGGCAGUCGUAGCGGUGCCGGAGCAGCGCGAUCCCGAUCCCGAGUUUCGGACGGUAAAGUUCCCCAACCCGGAGGAGGGCAAAUCGAGCCUGGUGCUGUCGAUGCAGCUCGCUAACGAAACCGGAUGCGACGUGAUACUGGCUAACGAUCCGGACGCGGACCGGUUGGCUUGUGCUGAAAAGGAUGCCAAAGGUGAAUGGCGUGUUUUCAGUGGCAAUGAGCUGGGCGCACUGCUGGGCUGGUGGGCUAUACGAUGCUACCGGGAGCAGUACCCGGACCGGAGUCUGUCCGAUUGCUAUCUAAUUGCGAGCACGGUCAGCAGCAAGAUGUGCCGCUCGAUUGCGAACGUUGAUGGACUGAACUUUAUCGAAACGCUGACCGGCUUCAAGUGGAUGGGUAAUAAAUCGGUGGAACUGCUUGCCCAGGGAAAAACGAUACUGUUUGCGUUCGAGGAAGCGAUCGGUUUCAUGUUUUCGCCCACCGUACUGGACAAGGAUGGCGUCAGUGCGGCCUGCCAUCUGGCGACGAUGGCGUGCUAUCUGCGUGCCACCUCGAACCAAUCGCUUGCCGACAAGCUGAACGAACUGUACGACAUCUACGGCUUUCACUGUACACUCGCUUCGUAUCACUUCUGCUACGAGCCACCGGUGAUGGAGCGUAUCUUCAAGCGUAUCCGCAACAUGGGCCCGGCCGGCGACGCGCAACAGGAUGAAAACUACCCCCAGACGGUCGGUGCCGGUCGGUUUAAGAUAGCGGACGUACGGGAUCUGACCACCGGGUACGAUUCUUCCCAACCGGAUGGCCGUGCGGUGCUGCCGACGAGCAAGAGCUCGCAGAUGAUAACGUUCUCGUUCGAAAAUGGUGCCGUCGUUACGCUGCGUACGAGCGGUACCGAGCCGAAAAUUAAGUAUUACGCCGAAAUGUGUGCACAGCCGGGGCAACGUGACUGGAACGGUUCCAAGGCAACGCUACGCGAGAUGGUGGACUGCAUCGUGGAGGAGCUGCUGCAGCCGAAGGAAAACAAUCUCACCCCGCGCUCGGAUUAAACGAGUGCGAACAAUCUAACCAUGGCUAUGGUACGCUACUCGGCUCUGGAAGCGUAUCUUGACUUGACACAGCUCGCACUAACUGAUCCCGACGGUCUGUGUUACUACAAUGCUGAACCAUUCCUUGACCACUGGUUACACAGAUCGCAUCACGUACAUUGCGAAAGUGUACGUGAAUAUGCAACCACAACAACAACGAAGAUCGUACAGCUGGCUGUAAUCUCAAAUUGAGGAGGAAAAGAACAGAGACAGACGGAGAAAAGCUCACCGAGGCAUGCAUUAAUUGACAAUUAUUAACUCCAUUAGCUUCCUUCUGUAAGGAAAAUCAUAACUGAAUCUUUCUAUAAGACACAACACUCACACACAGCUAUCACACACUUCGUGACUUAACUGUUCCUUAGUGAAGUGAUGGAACUAGUAAGGAAUUAUAAAACACAUAUUUAUGUUGUUUGUAGCCCAACAUCAAUGUCUACUUCUGAGAAACGUUGACGAACUACAUUUAAAUGCGCUCUUAUAAAUGUGUUAAUAUUUAUUUAUGCGUUCUAAUAACUAACACGCGACAGGAAAGAAAAAUGACCAUAACCGGCGGCAGGGUUUUAUAAACCGGGAUCAACCCCGAAUGAGAAAAGCAGUAACAUCUCAAUCCAAUAAGAAUCAUAUUUGUAAACUGUAGAGUGUGUUUGUGAGGUGUGCCACAAAUCGUUGAAAAAAAAAAUAAAUAAAGAAAAUAAAGCACACAGCAUCAUAACGCUGUAUAAAACGGA